GCAGUGAGCAACACUUCCCGAGUGACGUCACUGCUCCCCCCAUGAGUCUCCUUCUCCUUACAUAGGCAACCGAGGCUGCUGGAGUACCUCGCGUUAGGAGUUGUCGUGUAUCCUCUGUGUGAUUUUAGCGGCGUUAGAGCGGCGCUUCUCAAUGACGUGAUAUACGGAAGAAGGAUUACAACCCGUUAAUUUACUCUUCGUUAAGUUGUUUCUUUUUAUGUUAAACAGCAGUUGUGAACAUGAUCUCCUACACCGCCGUCAAGCACCUCUGCUGCGUUCUGUUUUUGUUCGCCUCCGUCGCACACUGCCAAGUGAAGAGUAAAGAAAGUUUCAAGAAAGGCCCCGAGAAGCUGCUCAGUAAUCCAUGCAGUGGAAGGGAAACGUGUUCCGAGUGUAUCACAUUUGACUCCGACUGUGGUUGGUGCACAAAACUGAAUUACACGAACGAUGGAAAGCCCAGGUGCGACACGCUCAUCAACCUGGCUCAGUACUGCCCAGAUGACUACUUUCAUCCCAAGAACACUAUGACAAAAAUUGUGGACAAUGAGCUGAGCAACAAGGGAGCGAGAGAAGGCGAAGCCAUUCAAAUCAAACCACAAGAAAUUCGGCUCAGGUUAAAACCGAAGUCUCCAUUCCCACUGCAUGUGGAAUUCAAGCAAGCAGAGGAUUAUCCGGUUGACCUUUACUACCUGAUGGACCUUUCCAACUCAAUGAAGGAUGACAAGGACAAACUAGCAUUACUGGGUGACCUGCUGGCCGAAGAGAUGGGCAAGAUAACCACAAACUUCCGUCUUGGCUUUGGCUCAUUUGUCGACAAAGUGGUCAUGCCCUAUGUGAACACAGUCCCUGAAAAGCUGCAGAGUCCUUGUGACGAUUGUGUUGCCCCCUAUGGCUUCAAGAACCACAUGCCACUGGACACCAAGACUGGCCUCUUCAAGGAGCAGGUGGCCGGCGCCAAGGUCUCUGGGAAUCUCGACGCUCCCGAAGGCGGGUUCGACGCCAUAAUGCAAGCCGUCGUCUGCCACAAGGAAAUUGGCUGGAGAGAUAAAGCUCGCAGGCUUCUUCUCUUCUCCACAGACAGCGGCUUCCAUUACGCGGGGGACGGCAAGCUCGGGGGCAUCGUCAAGCCCAACGAUGGCAAGUGUCAUCUGGAGAAUAACGAGUACACUGAAAGCGUGCACCAGGAUUACCCGUCACUCAGCCAGAUCAAUGCCAAGAUCCAGGAGCACAAGGUGAACAUCAUCUUUGCCGUAACAGCUGACCAGAUCAGUGUCUACGAGAAACUGGGAAACCAGCUCGAGGGUUGUAGCAGUGGCCGCCUGGAGAACGACUCUUCCAACGUGGUUCAACUCGUGCGGGAGCAGUACGACAAAAUCUCCUCCAAGGUGGAAAUCAAGGACAAUGUCGUUAGCAACCAUAUCCAGAUCAGCUACAUGUCCAGUUGUCUCGGAGACAAGAAGGAAAAGACCAACGUAUGCAAAGGUCUUAAAGUGGGCGACAACGUGACUUUCGAAGCAAUGAUUGAAGUCAAAUCGUGCCCAAAGGACCGCAGCCAGUGGAACCAAACGAUACAGAUCUACCCUGUUGGCAUUAGCGAAUCGCUCACUGUGCACUUGGAGAUGAUCUGCGAGUGCGACUGUGAGAAGCCUUGGAAUGAGGAACCGAACAGUCCCAAAUGCUCGGACGGAAAGGGCACCUUUGAGUGCGGCAUCUGCAACUGCUACAACAACCGUUAUGGUCGAGAGUGCGAAUGCGAUGCCAAGGACACUGAUCAAAUCAGGGAUGAGAAAGGAUGCUUCCUCCCCAACGACACCAAAGCGUGCUCUGGAAGGGGAGAUUGCCGCUGUGGUGUUUGUGAAUGCCACCCAAGAGAGAAUCGAGAGGAGACUGUGAGUGGAAAGUACUGUGAAUGUGACAACUUUUCGUGCGACCGAGUCGACGGAUUGCUUUGUGGAGGCGAAGAACAGGGCAGCUGCAUCUGUGGAAGUUGCGAGUGUAGGGACGGCUGGACUGGUCCCAACUGUAACUGCCGAGACACGAACGACACAUGCAUUGGCCCCAAUGGGAAAAUCUGCAGCGGCUACGGUGAUUGCGUCUGCGGGCAGUGUAAAUGCCUUGAAUCAGACGAGGAGCGCUACAGCGGAGUCUUCUGUGAAGACUGUCCCACCUGCCCUGGAAAAUGUGAGGCAUUCAAGGACUGCGUGCUGUGCCAAGUCUUCCAGCUGGGCCCCUAUACUGAGGAAGAGUGCAGGACGAAGUGCGAAUUCCUGGCCAUUCAGGCACCGCACAUUGAAGUUACUGAAGAAGGCGAGAAGCUCUGUAUUUUCCGUGACGAGGACGACUGCAAGUACACCUUCAUCUACAAGUUGGAGCCCACGAACGAGUACACUGUACGAGCCAAGAAUGAGCGUGAGUGCCCUAAGCCAGUAAACAUCUGGGCCAUCAUUCUGGGUGUGAUCCUUGGCAUCGUUCUCAUCGGCCUGGCAUUGCUCCUCAUCUGGAAGCUGUUCACCACCAUCCACGACCGCAGGGAGUUUGCCAAGUUUGAGAAGGAACGACAGAUGGCCAAGUGGGACACGGGAGAAAACCCAAUCUACAAGGGCGCCGUUUCAACAUUCAAGAACCCCACGUAUGGCGGGAAGCAGUAAUGGGCCAGCACACACUGAAAGAACGUAAUGCGGCCUUAUGCCAUUGCCUGCGUCUCCAGGCAAAAAUCACAACUAGCAGGAAACCCGUUUUACUUUCCCAAACGUUCAAUCUUGCGGCUGAGGAAAUCAUCGUCAUUCUCGUCAUUUCUUUCUCUGUCGUGUUGCGUUGGUUGUGUCAAUCCCCCACUCUUAAUUUAUGUUCAUGAAAUGCAUACCGGGACGUUAGGUUUAAAUCGCAUUUUACUUCUGCGGGUGAGAAUCAGUGGAUGAUACUAUCGCUUCGUCAUCGUUACGCCGCGACCUCAAGUUGCUGUUAUAGGCGAUGCUUUGCUAGCCAAACUUGUGUGCUAGACCUUGAAUCCCGUUUCCUCGCAAUUGUCGUACUCAUACGUAACGGCGUCUUUGCAUGUUAACGAUGUCUAAUUAAUCGAUGUGUGAUGUUUGCGCAUUUCUUCCUUGAAGGUUGGCGCAGUGUACUUGUCAACUCUUGCAUUGUUAAGCGCACUAUUUGUUUCACGGUCUGCAGUGCCUGGUUGAGAGUUGCAGAAGGCUGUGUAAAUGAACAUUAUCGUGCAAAGUCAAAGUGCGGUUGAUGCUGCAGAGACACGAGAGACUGUUGGCACACGGUCUUUUGUUGGUUGCUCUGCAGGUGCCACGUGGCGUUUAAUCUGUGAAUCUACCUUCAUGUGCUCUUAAUAAUUAUACCAGUUCUUUUUCUGGCACAGCUCGUUGCCCUAUUAAUCGUUGGCAUUUGUAGGAGUACUGUAAUUUGUCUCAGAUGUGACGGCGUAGAGCUUUUGAGUGAAGAAAAAGGAAGCGCGUGUUCUGUUUAUUUUUCCUUAGUCUUUCUUUUUCCGGUUUUGCGAAGCUUUUAGUGUGAGGGUCAAUAUACACUAGUAGUGACGUCCUUUCUUCUUUGCUAUUCUCAUUUUUUGUCAUUAUGAUCGGCCAUUGGCACUGUUGUGGUACGCACGCGGUGUCAUAUGCCGUUUGCACAAUGAUUGUCUGCGUUGUAUAAGGUAUUAAACAGAGUGUAAAGUGGUAAACAUUUGAAAAUGUGGCCCAAUGGCUUAAUUUUUGUUAUUAACAUUUUCUUUGCCGACCGGAAGUUACUCUAGGUGCUCAGUUUUCAAGACUCAGUUACAAUGAUUGGGGAAAUGCUCAUUCCUCGGUUUGUCAUGUUUAGCUCCAGUAGUAGUGCUUUAACCACUGAGUGGCCUUAAAUGAGGAAUGCCUUUUUGCACUUUCGCUGCCAAUGCUGUUCAUGAUAGAGAGAGUAAGCGUGACUUGACAGGGACGUAGAAAGAAAACUGUCAAGGUCAAAGCGCUACUCACUCUGCCAUGAAGGCUAACCAACUAGCCCGCCAACGUGUUUUUGCCAAUGCUGCUUGCAAGUACAAACUGUCUAUGUCUGAACCAGGUCUUCACUGAAAUGUAUUAAAAAAAAAACAUGCAUUAUGCCGAAGUCUAGAACUUUUUUAGCAUUUCUGUCAAACUCAUUUAUGUUAACAGUGCUUCCUAUUUUUCAAGUGGUGUAAAGAAAGCUCUUGCUUGCUCUGUAGUGUGUAUUUUGCAAGAGACUUGCAUACUUUAUGCCUGAUCAAGCUUUAUGUAUUGUAAAAUUUUUUUUUGCUAAUGAAGGGUAAUGUUCUUAAAAGCAUCUGGCUUGCCACAUACUUCACCUCCUCCGACUUCUUUUUUUUUUUCUAUAUAGUUUAGCCAUUAGUUUUUAUUUAUAAGUAUAGUCUAUGCAUCUUGAAACUUGUAAUGUUCACACAACACCUCCCUCUACCUAGCGAGCUUUUGUCGAGGUGUUUUGCCGUAAUCUUGUCAUGUUUGGUUUGCAAAUGUUUUUUUUUUUUUCAUGGAAUAUGGUCAACAUUCUUCCUGAAUGGAAUAAUAGUGCAAAUGGUCUUAGCACCUCGUUUUUUUUAAGUUGUGGAAGAAAAAAAACCUGCAUUUCCCGACACAGAGUAUAUACGGAUACCUGUGUACACUUUACUGCCAUUUGCAAGAUGCGAAAGCAUCACAACUGAGGAACAACAAGCCCAAAGCUGUUGUACAUAGUAGUGCUGUUUCGUUUUAUUGAAAGGUUGACGAUCUCCCGCAUAUGGCACAGAAGUGUGCAUCUAUGUAGGGGGACCAAUGUGAAACGGAGUAUCCAAUAUGUAUUCGAGACAGUCUGUUGUAGCUGCUUUUCGCAUGAUAGUGGAAACGUUUUUUGGCACACAACUGUUGAAACAGCAACCGCUUGGCAAGCGUUUCGGCAAGUGACGUUAGCCCAUCUGCUGGUACUGCUGCUAGAAUACUGCCGAGAUGUUCCCUUUCAUAUUGGACUACCCUGUAUAUGUGAGCUGUGACUAGAGUGCUACUACUUUUACAUGAAUGAUGUUGCAGGCACUUUGUCAAGCAAAUGUGCAAUACACCACCAGAGACAAGGGCUAUGUUGUGUGCAGUUCCCUGUGUAACACUGCACACAUGCUGAUGAUGCGCCUUUUAGCACCAUGCCAUAUAUGAUACUGAGGCAAGCAAGUACUUUUGGCUUUUGGUGAAUAACGUGUUCAUCUAUACAAACAUGAAAAGCAACUUUGUUCUGAAAUCAUUUUUUUUGUAGUAAAGACUGAUUUUAGUGAAA